AUGGAGUUGCCGCCAGCUCUAAUUGAGAAGCUUAAGGAGGACAUUAAACUGAAGACGAUGAAAGUUGAGGUAUAUGAUAGUGAUUGCUUACAGGUGGGGUACCUCAAGUAUGCAGGUAAUCUAACCAAAAAAAGUGUGAAGUGGGAGAAGUGUUUAGGCAUGAGCAUAAUUAUGUUACCCUAUGUGGUGUGGCUGAUUUGCUUGACCAACAUAUCAAGAAGCGUGAGAUCAGGAAGGGUAGAAUGGGUGUUCGGGUUGUCGAGAAUGAUGUUUUGGAGUUUGAACAUUUUGACAUAUUGGGGGUGCUGCAUACUGAUGUGA